AAAGCAGCUCAGAGGGAGAUUCUCACUUCUCUAUUUUUUUUCCCUCUUCAUUUGCCUAGGCACCACCUAAAACCUUUGCCAAAACAUUUUAAUCUCUACAACCAAAAGGUUGGAACAAUUUUUUUUUACCAUUAUGAAGCUCAUACAUGCUCCAGUGGUUAUGCUACUAUUAUGCUGCUAUGCAUAUGCUGCCACAGCAGAUUUAGGCAAGCAAAAGAAGACUUACAUAGUUCAUAUGGACAAGUCCUCAAUGCCAUUGAGUUUCAAUGAUCACCUCCAUUGGUAUGAUUCAUCCUUAAAAUCAGUAUCAGACACUGCUAACAUAAUUUAUACGUAUACUGAUAUAAUUCACGGAUUCUCCACGAGACUGACAAUCGAGGAAGCUCAAUCCCUUGAACAGCACCCAGGUAUCCUAUUAGUCCAAGAAGAAAUGAGAUAUGAGCUCCACACAACUCGGACGCCAGAAUUUCUAGGACUCGACAAGGGUGGAGCAGUUUAUCCAGAGUUGAAUGCAGUUAGUGAGGUCAUAGUAGGAGUGCUGGACACAGGUGUCUGGCCAGAAAGCCAAAGUUUCGAUGACACUGGAUUAGGUCCAGUCCCAAGCAGCUGGAAAGGUGAGUGUGAGGUUGCCAAUAGCUUUAACUCAUCUAGUUGCAACAGGAAACUCAUUGGGGCAAGGUCCUUCUCAAAAGGUUAUAUAGCCACUUAUGGUCCAAUUGAUGAAACUAUGGAAUCAAACUCGCCAAGAGAUGAUGAUGGCCAUGGAACGCACACCUCAACUACAGCAGCUGGUUCCGCUGUUAGUGGAGCUAGUCUCUUCGGUUAUGCUGCAGGGACAGCACGAGGAAUGGCAACACAGGCUAGAGUUGCUAUGUACAAAGUAUGUUGGCUUAAUGGAUGUUUUAGCAGCGACAUACUAGCUGGAAUGGAGAAGGCAGUUGCAGACGGUGUAGAUGUAUUAUCAUUAUCACUAGGAGGUUCAGUUUCUGAUUACUAUAGAGACACUAUCGCAAUAGGGGCAUUCACUGCAAUGUUGAAUGGAAUUUUUGUCUCAUGCUCAGCAGGAAAUGGCGGCCCAAGUUCUGAGAGCCUAUCAAAUGUGGCACCAUGGAUAACUACUGUAGGUGCCGGGACGUUGGACCGUGAUUUUCCAGCCUAUGCUAGCAUUGGUAAUGGGAAGAAUUUUUCUGGUUCAUCACUUUAUAGUGGCAAGUCUCUGUCAGGUGCACUAGUUCCGCUGGUGUACGAAAUUAACACCAAUAACACAAGCGGCAAUCUAUGUCUACCUGGUAACUUACACCCUAAAGACGUUGCAGGGAAAAUUGUGGUUUGUGAUCGAGGGAUGAGCUCUAGGGUUCAAAAGGGUGUUGUUGUAAGAGAUGCUGGGGGUGUAGGUAUGAUAUUAGCAAACACCAUCUCUUUUGGUGAAGAAAUUGUUGCUGAUGCUCAUCUUAUACCAUCAGUGGCUGUGGGUCAGAUAGCUGGCGAUGCAAUAAAGAAGUACAUAUCUUCAGAUUCAAAUCCAACGGCCACAAUUGCAUCUGGAGGUACCCACCUGGGCAUCCAGCCAUCACCACUCGUGGCAGCAUUCAGUUCAAGAGGUCCUAACCCAAUUACACCAGAUCUGCUUAAACCUGAUAUCAUAGCACCAGGCGUUAACAUUAUAGCUGGAUGGACAGGCAAAGUUGGACCAAGUGGUUUAACAAAUGAUUCCCGGCAUGUAGACUUCAAUAUAGUAUCUGGCACAUCCAUGUCAUGUCCACAUAUGAGUGGUUUAGCAGCACUAAUCAAAGCUGCCCAUCCUGAAUGGAGCCCUGCAGCCAUAAGAUCAUCACUUAUGACAACAGCCUACAACACAUAUAAGAAUGGCGAAACCAUACAGGAUACUGCUACAGGAAAGCCAUCAACGCCGUUUGACAUUGGUUCUGGACAUGUUGAUCCCAUAUCAGCCCUUGAUCCGGGGCUUGUCUAUGAUGCCACAGUGGAUGACUACCUAGGGUUCCUUUGUGCCCUAAAUUACAGUUCAAGCCAAAUCAAGUUAAUCACAAAGAGAAAUGACACAUGUCAGGCGGAUAAGAAAUACACUGUGGGAGAUCUUAACUAUCCCUCCUUUGCUGUUACUCUGCAGACAGCAUUACGAAAAGAUAAUGAUGAUAGUCAACCAACGAUAGUCAAGUAUACAAGAACUCUGACUAAUGUGGGCAAGCCUUCUGCGUACAAAGUUUCAGUGUCUUCAGAUAUAUCAAAUGUGAAAAUAGUUGUGGAGCCAGAAGCAUUAGUUUUCAGCAAACCGAAUGAAAAGAAGAACUACACUGUGACGUUCAGUGCAACUUCCAUGCCAUCCGGCACAACAAAGUUUGCACGUGUAGAAUGGUUGGGAGGAAAAUAUACUGUCAGUAGUCCAAUUGCAUUCAGCUGGAUAUGAUCGUGAUAACCACACAUAACUAAUAAACAAUGUAAAUGACCAAAUAGGGCCAGAUUGCUAUUCUCCUUGCAUAUUAUUUAUGUAUAAUACUCAAUGUCUCAAUCCCUGAGUAGAGGAUCUAAAUCUUAGUUUUUUA